GGGCUUGGACCUAGGUGGCGGCGCUAUGGCGAAACGCACCAAGAAGGUCGGGAUCGUGGGUAAAUACGGGACCCGAUAUGGCGCCUCCCUCCGGAAGAUGGUGAAGAAGAUUGAGAUCAGCCAGCAUGCCAAGUACACUUGCUCCUUCUGCGGCAAAACCAAGAUGAAGAGACGAGCCGUGGGGAUCUGGCACUGUGGCUCCUGCAUGAAAACAGUGGCUGGUGGUGCCUGGACAUACAACACCACUUCUGCCGUCACAGUGAAGUCUGCGAUCAGAAGACUGAAAGAAUUGAAAGACCAGUAGAGGUGCCAUAUGAGACAGCAGCAGCCUAUAAUAAAUGGGUUAAUUUAUAUA